GUUUCUUCCAUAUGCACGCGUGUCAAUCGAUUCUUCACCGAGACUCGUUCUAUUAUGCAAUCGUACUAUAUAAACGCGUGUGUAUUCUGUCUCCAUUAUCAAUUGAUAGCGUAUCGUCUCUCUAAAUGUCGUAAUAUUUACAAAGAAACUGCAUGACAAGCAAAAAACAGGUUUACGAUUCAUAUCACGAAUCGAAAUCGCUUAAUAGCCUCGCGUUUUGGCCACAGUAUCAAACUUAAUAAUCCCCCCGUGAAUAUUAUCUCGCUCAUUUAUUUCCUACCAUUUUCUAAAACUAUUAUCACAUGUUUUCUUCUCCUACGUCCCGUAAACAGUGUUUAUAACGAGGAGGAUGUUGCAAGCCACUCGUGAUGAUUACUGGGCAUUAAAUAUAGAUAGAGUAUUGUAGCCGCUGACACAAGUUAAAUUAAGUGAAUCAUAAUCCUCCGUCGGGGGUCUCGGAAGCCGCAGAAACGAGGAGCGCAAUAGCUGCAAUUCCUAUUAGGUAACCACGCGAACGGUUCGCCGAGUAUUUCUAUGUCCCGUUUCGAUGCACAGUCAUAGUAUAGGCAUCGUACAUAUAACAUUGAACAUUACGAACGACGUCUUGCCACUUUCGUCGUCAUGGAAGGUACCAUAAAUAUAACAACAUCGUAUACGUCCGUCUACGACAGUAAAACCGCGGAGAUUCUCGAAAACAAUUUCUCGAGGAUUAAUGAGGAAUGUUAUUUAGACCACGCAGGAGCAACUUUAUACUCGGACUCGCAGAUAGAAAAUAUUACCGCCGAUUUGCAUAACACGCUUUAUGCGAAUCCGCACUCCGUGGGAACGGCGAGCAAUAUGACUCAGGAUGUCAUAGAACGAACGAGAUAUCUGAUAUUAAAUCAUUUUCACACGUCCUCGGAUGAUUAUACCGUGAUAUUUACAUCCGGCGCGACUGGAUCUUUGAAGAUUGUAGCUGAUACAUUUCUGUUUGCCGAAGAGGCGACAAAUGAUGCACAGACAGGGCAUUUUGUUUAUACACAGGAUAAUCAUACGUCAGUACUUGGUAUGAGAGAGGUCGUUGCUCAAAGAGGAGCAAAAGUGACUUGCUUGAAGCAUGAUGAGGCUUUUGAUAUUUUCAAGUCUCCUAUGACCUCUUUGAGCCCCUCACAACAGGAGGGUAAAAGUAAUUCACUGUUUGUGUACCCUGCACAAUGCAAUUUCUCAGGACUUAAAUAUCCUCUGAAGUGGAUUAAUUAUACGCAUAAUGGGGUUUUGUCAAACAUAACUUCUGACACAUCCACUAAGUGGUAUGUCCUACUUGAUGCUGCUGCCUUUGUACCCACAAAUGACCUUGAUUUGUCUGUUUACAAGCCAGACUUUAUAUGUGUGUCUUUCUAUAAAUUGUUUGGAUAUCCUACUGGAAUUGGUGCAUUAUUAGUAAAGAAUUCAAGUGGGAAUGUAUUACACAAGGUUUAUUACGGUGGUGGCACUGUAGAUGUUUCACUGAGUUCUGAGAUGUUCCAUGUCAAGCGUCAAAACUUGCAUCAAAGGUUUGAAGAUGGCACUGUACCAUAUCUCUCUAUAGCAUCAUUGAGACAUGGUUUAGAUAUAUUGUCAUCUAUUACCAUGCAGAAGAUCUCCAAGCAUGUUUUCUCACUUGCACAAUUUGUACAUAAUUCCUUGUUGACACUUCAUCACAAUAAUGGAAAACCAGUUGUAAAACUUUAUUCUGAUACAACUUAUGAAGACUGUGAUUUGCAGGGAGGUAUUGUCACAUUUAAUCUUAUACGUUCGAGUGGAGAAUAUAUAGGGUAUAUGGAAGUUUUAAAUAUGGCAGCUCUAUUUAAAAUACAUCUUAGAGUAGGGUGUUUCUGUAAUCCUGGUGCAUGUCAAAGACAUUUAGCAUUAUCAAAUAAAGAAGUUCUUCAGAACUAUGAUGAAGGAUAUGUCUGUGGAGGUGCUGCAGACAUAAUAAAUGGCAGACCAACAGGGGCUGUAAGAAUUUCAUUUGGAUAUAUGUCUACAUUUAAUGAUGUACAGACUCUGCUGUUUAUGAUCAAAGAAUGUUUUGUAGAUAAACCAGAAAUAUAUAAAGUUCCAGAGUGGCGGCAGAAUUACAAAACAACUUUACACAAGAAAUAUUUUCAACAAAAUAUCAAUAAACAAUACACAGAUUACAUAAAACACAAUGGUACCAAUGGAGUUACUAGUACAUUACAAAGUAUCAAGGAGUCUGUGAUUCAUUUUAUGAAUAGCAAUCAAUUCUUCAGUCCAAGAGAAGACAGUAGUGCAACUAAAAAGAAAUGCACUUUAGAACAACUAUACAUAUAUCCAAUAAAGUCAUGUGGUGCUUAUAAAGUAACAGGAUCUUGGAAAUUAAACUCUAAAGGUUUACAGUAUGACAGAGAAUGGAUGAUUAUUACAUCUUCUGGUACUUGUUUAACACAAAAGCAUCUUAUCAAUUUGUGUCUGCUAAAGCCAACUAUAUUGACAGAAAAAAGGAUUAUGGAACUAAAUUAUCCAGGAAUGCCUACAAUAAAUGUCCCAUUAGAUAAUACCUUUGCAAAAAGUAUAGAGGGAACUUUAUGUCAAAGUAGAGUUUGUGGGCAUAAAGUAGAAGGCAUAGAUUGUGGUGCAGACAUAUCUGAGUGGUUAAGUUUGGCCCUAGGUUUACCAAAUUUAAGGCUUAUACGGCAAAAUAAUAGUGAGAGUAAAAAAAAAGCACAAGAUAAUAAACCUGAACUAUCAUACUCUAGUCAAGCUCAAUAUCUAUUGAUAAACAAAGCAAGUGUAUCAUGGUUAAGUAACAAAGUAGUUGAUACAGAAGUUCAAAAAAGCACAAUUAUACAUAGGUUUAGAGGAAAUAUGAUUGUAAGUGGCUGUGAAGCUUUUGAAGAAAUUCAAUGGAAACAUGUAUCCAUUGGACAAAAUAAUUUUAUGGUAAUGGGACCUUGUACUCGGUGUCAGAUGAUAUGUAUUGAUCAAAUGACUGGUACAAAAACUAUAGAACCAUUACGUACACUUGCUGAACAAUUUCAUGGAAAAUUAAGGUUUGGUAUUUAUUUGACCAAAGAAUCUCAAGAAGAUGGAAUCGUUACUAUUGGGGACAUUGUUUCUAUUUCAUGAUGUUCUAUAUGAUUCAAGAAUAUAGUACUUUCCUCAUAACAUGUCAUAUGUAUGUCAUAGUACACUAGUAGCGCAAUUUAUCCCAUGCACAUAAACCAUUCAUUAUUGUAUUUUCACCAUUUUCUAUCCUUUUUGUACUUAUUUAGGAACUUAAGAUUUAAGGUUGUGGUAACACUGGACGCGGUACUAAAAUGUACUAUACUAUGUGACAUGUAUUUCAUUUUAGAUGGAAUUAGUAUAAAGUAGAAUUUUAGAAGUAAAUUCUAGUUAUCUAAGAAGUACAAAUAUUGUAAAAGGCUUUUGUAAAUAUAAGAUAUAUCAAAAGACCGGAGAUUUCUUUACAUUUUCACCAUUAGUU